AUGGGGUUAUGGCGCAAAGCAUUAACGUCUAUGAAUGCGACGCUCCUGAGUUCGAAGCAAUCACUCGGUCUCCAGCUCAAACUGCAGCCGGAAAAGGAUAUUUUUCUGUUUAAUGCAAAGGAUUCAGUAGCUAACUGGACCGCAUCUAGUGAUCGAUCAAUUGGAGGACUAUCGGAGUGCCGGUGGGGAUAUUAUAGCGGUGUAGCAGAAAAGAAAAAAAGAGAAGAAGAGGAAAAAGCAUCGGUGCAGCUUAUUCAUAAAGUGAACAAUCAGGACAAUGUCUCAUCUGCGGUAUUUGCUGGAAGGUUGAGUAUGGAUUGCCAACCAACGGAAGUGGGUGUGAUUCGAAGCGGCUACUGCGCGGUGCGGGCUUCUGUUCCGCCGGAGCUGCUGUUGCACGGCUACGAAGGGAUUGCAAUGCGAGUUAUGACGGAUGGCCGCGAGUACCGCAUGAAUGUGCAAAUGGAGAGUUGGAACCCAUUUAACUUGUAUAUGGGUUUUAUCCGCACGCCGCCGAAUGAGUGGGUAGAUGUUAAUCUGCCAUUUCGUGACUUCUUGCUAACAGCUAAGGGCUAUGUAAAGAUUGACGACGAAACAGAGCUUGAUCCGUCUAAGCUGAAAAGUGUGGGCUUUGCUAUUGCUGACCAAAAGGAAGGCGAUUUUGAGAUGCGUAUUCAAUGGAUAAAGGCAGUGGUGUCACAGUUAGGGUCUUUGGACAAGGACGAAUACAACGAUGACGAUGAGAACGACUGCAGCAAUAACUCCAAGAAGAGUAGGGACUAUUUUAAAAAGCCUGCAGAUUUGGUCAUUUAA